AUGAACUUCAUGAGGGAGUUCAAUGCUAAAUUCUUUCCUCCUUUGAUUCAAGAACGAAAGGAAGACGAGUUUAUCCGGCUUCACCAAGGAACCCAGACUGUAGCCGAGUACCAGAGCCAAUUCACUCGGCUGUCCAAAUUUGCGCCCGAACUUAUCAUGACCGAACAACGAAGAAUAAGGCGCUUUGUACAGGGUCUGAACGUGGAGAUCCAGAAGGAUCUAGCUGUAGCCCAGAUUAACGCCUUCAGCAAUGCAGUGGAGAAGGCUCAACGAGUGAAAAAUACUAGGCUACAAGUGAGAAACUUUCAGGUAAAGAAGCGAGAAUUUCCUGGAAGUAGUUCGGCACAGGGGGAUAAGAGUACCCAUCCCAAGUUUGGACGGAGAACUGGAGGAGGAAAGAUGCCGGGAAUGUUAAGAGGGGCCCCGUCAAGAGGUGGACAAGUUGGGAGAGGUCAAAGAGAAGGUUUCCAAGGAGGCUCGGCUUCUGCAUCUCGCGGACCCUGUAUGGAUUGGUUAGCCCGGUAUGAUGCCCAACUUGAUUGUAAGCGGAAAAUAGUGGAGUUUCAUAUUCCUGGGGAGGCGACUUUGAGGUUAGAUAUAAGGAGUAGGUUGGCCUCAUCUGUAUUGAUUUCGGGUAUACGGGCUCAGAAAUUACUAAGUAGAGAGGCGCAAGGAUUCUUAGCUUUUCUUAUUAACACCCCUUCUGACAAACUGAAGGUAGAAGAUGUACCAAUAGAAUUUGGGGACAUAUUUCCUGAGGAUGGCAUUCAUGUAGAUGAAGAGAAGAUUAAGUCCAUCCAAGAGUGGCCAACACCUACCUCUGUAAGUGAUGUGCGCAGCUUUCAUGGAUUAGCAAGCUUCUACCGUCGCUUUGUGAAGGAUUUUAGCACCAUUGCUGCACCUCUUACCGCGCUGUGCAUUCCUCGAGGGUCCAUACGUGACUUACUUAUUCAGGAGUCACAUAGUGGUGGACUAAUGGGACACUUUGGUGUCACCAAGACAUUAGCUGUAUUGCAGGCACACUUCCAUUGGCCUCGCAUGCGCAAGGACGUGGAGAGGAUUGUUGAAAGAUGUGGUGUGUGCCACAAAGCUAAGUCUCGGGUCAACCCAAACGGUUUGUACACUCCUUUACCCAUACCUCACCAACCUUGGGUUGACAUCUCCAUGGAUUUCGUGCUUGGUUUACCUCGUUCAAAGCGUGGCCAUGACUCUAUAUUUGUUGUGGUAGAUAGGUGA